CCUCGGUAAAUGCCACGUUUUAUAGCUCGUGGCCAAAGAACGGCAGCUGGUGGAUACUUAAGAGACUGCAGGCAAUCAGGUUAAGCCAACUGUUUUCGCAACAAGCGAUUCUUGUUCGCUCUCUCUUGCACUAGGUUAGGCAAGGCAUGCAUGAUAAAAUCAUGUUGAAACUUUUGAUAGCCGCUCUCUGCUUAGCUGGUGUAGCUCCUGCUACGCAUCACAAGUCUGCACGCCAAGGGUACGCGCAGCAGUCAGCUCCCCCUCAAUUACCGGCACCACAGCAACAGUUGUUCCCGCAGCAACAGCCUCCACCACAGUUCCCCCAACAGUUCCCACAACAGUUCCCACAACAGUUCCCCCAACAGUUCCCCCAACAGUUCCCCCAACAGUUCCCCCAACAGUUCCCCCAACAGUUCCCCCAACAGUUCCCCCAACAGUUCCCUCCCCCACAGUUCCCUCCCCCACUGCUCCCUCCCCCACUGCUCCCUCCCCCACAGUUCCCUCCCAUACAGUUCCCUCCCCCACAGUUCCCACCACAGUUCCCACCACAACAGUUCCCGCAACCGUCGUUUCCUUCACCACCCGGCCCUGCAGGACAGCUUCCACCACAGUUCCCACAACCCUAUCCAGUUCCGUUUCAACCUCAAGUGAAUCCGAUGUACCCUCCGGGAGUAAAGGUGCAGGAAGGUGUUAUAUGCAAACCUCCGAGGGACAACCAGUACUGCAACGGCUACUGCCAGUUUUAUUUGCAUACAAGAGGAUUCUGCGGGUACGAAGCCCUCUGUAGAUGUGUGUACGAUACGCAAGCUUGAAUCUCUUACGUUUAUCAAUAAAUGAAGAUCCACGUCUC